AUGUUUUUAGAUAUUAACUCAGAAGUCUCCAUUAGAGACCAGUGGGCUAACAAACAUGCCAUCCGGGGUGUCUUCGACGAGCUUGAUAAGCAUAGCCUAGACACUGAUAUUCCAAGGAGCCCUGGACUCCAAACCCCCCAACCAUUGCCAGAAGAGCCGAAUAAACAGUCGGAGCUUAAGGUUGGAAUCAUCGGCGCUGGAGCCGCUGGUCUAUUUACCGGCAUGAUAUUUGAUUAUCUUAACGACAAUGUUUUCAGCAAGCACAAAUCCCACAUUCAUUAUGAUGUUCUCGAAGCUUCUACAAGGGACAGAGUCGGUGGCAGGCUCUACACUCACCAUUUCAGCAAGGAGCCCCACGACUAUUACGAUGUUGGAGCAAUGAGAUUCCCCGAUAAUCCGGUUAUGCGAAGGGUAUUCGCUCUCUUCAAAAACCUUGGUAUGGAGAAAAGGGAUCUAGAGGAAUCUACUCCGCUAGGAUCUCUAAUCCCUUACUACAUGAAAAGCGACAGCCCCUCCGGUGAACCGUGGCAUUAUAAUGAUAUCACAAUGUGGGGUAAUUACAACGCCAUCCAGGCACAGGCAAAGGGAGGAGAUCCAUUCCAAAUCAAUAGUACAGGGACAAUUCCUGCAAACAUUUUUCAGAAUUCUCCUGACAGUGUCAUGAUGAGCACCAUUGAACCCUUGAGAGAGAUGUUGAGGAAGGAUGCAAAAUCUGACCCUCCCGGUCACCAAGGAUGGGAUCUCUUGAUGACAUAUGAUACCUACAGCACCCGCCAGUUUCUAGGCGUGAAGGCGUCCAACGCCUCCACGUCUUCCACGUCUUCCCGUGGCAUUCCACAACCACCCUAUAACUACGACACCAUUGAGUGGAUGGAGACGUUUAAUGGGGGUACCAAUUGGUACGAUCAAGCUCACAGCGAAACCGUUCUAGAGUCAUUGGAUUUUGAGUUUGAUGACGAGACAAAGUGGUAUUGCGUCCUUGGAGGUGCUCAGGAGAUAGCUAAAAGAAUGGAAGCCAAGCUUCAUUAUAAACCCGCUUACGAAUCCACCGUAACUGCAAUCAGAAAGAAGGACGCGAAUACUAUGGAGAUUGAUGUCAGGGCUAAAAACGGCUCGGCGGCGUCAUUGACAUACUCUGGAGUCUUUAGCUCCGUGCCUCUCGGCUGUUUGAGGCGAAUAGACACCUCCAAGGCGGCUCUCAACUACGCCACCAAGCAAGCAGCUCGCUCCCUUUCAUAUGGAGCAGCUUGCAAGGUUGGGAUCAAGUUUAGCCGUCCAUGGUGGAUUCAUGACUUAGGAAAUCAUACUGUCAAAGGUGGUCUCGGCCAUUCAGAUCUAACCAUCCGCACCUGCGUUUAUCCAUCAUACAAUAUUAACGACCCUGCCGACAAGCCUGCAGUCCUACUCUGCUCUUAUACGUGGCAACAAGACGCAGAACGCAUCGCCUCUCUAUUCUCCUCCAAUCCUAACCACUCACAGAAAACCCAAGAGGAAUUAGUGCUCAAGGAAGUCCUCCUCCGUGAUCUCGCUCGCCUUCACAAAACCGAGCAAAAGAGUGAGGAAGACAUUUACCAGCUCAUUAGCCGUCUAUAUCUGGACCACCACUCCUUCGAUUGGUACAAGGAACCAAAUGCCACCGGUUCUUUUGGCUUCUUCCGUCCCCAACAGUUCAGCAGCAUGUGGAACAAAUUGAUCCAACCUUCCGGUGACUUCGUGAUCAUUGGCGAAGCAGCCAGUCCCCAUCACGCGUGGGUCGUUGGCGCGCUUGAAAGCGCCGUCCAUGGGGUGCACGCCUGGCUGGGACAACACACAGGUUUGCCAGGAUACAAGGAGGCUUUGGAGUGUCUAGAGAAAUAUGAUCCAGCUAUUCCAUUCACUGGCUUGCCGCCAUACAUGGAUGAGAAUACUUCAAAGUGGCAUUCGAUUCUUGGUGUGAUUCAGAGAUACGAUGGCGAUGACUAUGUCAAUGAGGUUAUGGAAUUACUUUCCAAAUUUGACUUCAGCGCGGCCUCGAGUGGUUAA